CCGCCCCCGCCUCCUCUUCGCCGGGGGUCAGGGCGGCGGCAGGGGUCUCCGGGGCGCAGUAACGGCGGCGGAGGUGCACGUACUUGACGCCGGUGCCGGGCUCCUGGCGCACGGUGGCCACGGCGUUGACCACCUCCUUGAAGCGCUGGCGGGCGGCGGUACGGCGAUCAGGGUCUGAGGGGUUCAGCCAGUCCCGGAAAUGCUCCAGCAACUCCGCGUUGCGCGCCCGCCCGCCCCGCUCCGCCAGGAACCGCACCACCGACUCCUGCUGCAGCUCCGCCAUCACCGCCCCUACCCCAUCGCGUCGCGCCGCCGCUCCUCCCGCUGCUGCUGCUGCUGCUGCGGGCGCGGCGGAGCCGCUGCCUGCCCGAGCCCCUCCUCCCGGCGGCGGCAUGCCCGGCAAUCACUGCCGCCCCGGCAAUCACUGCCGCGCCGCCGGCCCCGCCGCGCCACCCUCCGGCCGGGAGGGGCCCGCGCGGCCGCCUCGCGCCACGCGCUGCUGUCUCAGCGGCGGCAGCGGGCCGGCCGCCGCACCCCCGCCCCGCUCCUCCCCGCCCCCGUGGGGCCGCCGCGGCCCCGCCCGGCAGUGGCGCCGCCUGUGCCCGGCGGCCGGCAGCGCCCCGUCACGGCCGCGGGUGGGUGCGCGCCCUCUCCCCUCAGCGGCAGCGCCCUCCCCGCCUCGCCAGGCGGGGCUAUGGCCGCUUCCCAUAGCGGUUGGCAGCCGCAAUAUGAUGGCUAUCGAACUUUAUCCUUGUCCGGGCAUGUUGGUUUUGCUAGUUUGCCUGAUCAACUGGUUAAAAAAUCCAUCAAGCAGGGCUUCUGCUUCAACAUCCUUUGCAUUGGGGAAACUGGGAGUGGGAAAUCAACCUUGAUAAGCAGUUUGUUUAACACCGAUUUUGAUGACCCUGUGUCAACGCAUUUUCUGCCAAGUGUACGACUUAGAGCCCAGACUUACGAACUCCAGGAAAAUAAUGUUCAUUUGAAGCUGACCAUUGUAAAUACAGUGGGAUUUGGUGACCAGAUGAACAAAGAAGAUAACUAUCGGCCAAUAGUGGAUUAUAUAGAUACACAAUUUGAAGCCUACCUCCAGGAAGAACUGGAAGUUAAACGUUCUUUAUUUUGCUACCAUGAUACUCGUAUCCAUGUCUGCCUCUAUUUCAUUUCACCUACAGGCCAUUCCCUAAAAAGCCUAGAUUUGUUAACCAUGAAAAGACUAGACAGCAAGGUGAACAUUAUACCAAUUAUAGGAAAAGCAGACAGCAUUUCUAAAACUGAACUACAGAAAUUCAAGAACAAAAUAAUGAAUGAAUUAAUUAAUAAUGACAUCCAGAUAUACCAGUUUCCAACUGAUGAUGAAACCGUUUCUGAAAUUAAUACCAUCAUGAAUGGGCAUUUGCCGUUUGCUGUAGUAGGAAGUAUGGAAGAGGUGAAAAUUGGAAACAAAAUGGUGAGAGCUCGUCAGUAUCCUUGGGGCAUUGUACAAGUGGAAAAUGAGAACCACUGUGACUUUGUGAAGCUUCGCAAGAUGCUUAUUUGUACAAAUAUGGAAGACUUAAGAGAGCAGACUCAUGUACGCCAUUAUGAGUUGUACAGGCGCUGCAGACUGGAGGAGAUGGGCUUCAGAGACAUUGACACUGAGAACAGAACAGUCAGGCUUCCAUGUUCUGAGUCUUAUGCAGAUGGAGAAACUGUAUGUCACAGCUGUGCUUCUGAGGAAAGUCUACAGGAAGCCAUUGAAGCACAGAGGCAUGAGUUCCACCUUGAACUGCAAAGGAAGGAGGAGGAGAUAAGACAAGAGCUUGCGCGGAGAUUGAAGGAGAAAGACGCAAUAUUGAAAGAAGCAAAGCAACAGAUGCGGUUGUUUGUGAGCUCUGCAUAUUGCAAUUGAAUUACGGAUAUUGGUUUUCCCAGUUCCUAAUGUGGGAAAGUGAUCACGCAGUCACUCCUAAAGAACAUUUGUCACAUACUAUUGCAGCUCGUUCUCUGAGAAGUGUGUGUAUCUGGAAACUAAAGACAAACAGGAUUUUCUGUUGUACUGAAGAUUGCUUUCACAUCCUUCAUUUAGAAGAAGCUCGCGGGUGCAAUGUGCAGCAUUAUUACUCCCGAGACUUAUGGUUGCUUAGGACCUGCCUCUUUCUACCCUGUAUGGUUUUAUUGACAUACCUGGUCUUGCAAUGGAUCUGGUUCACUGCUGCAAUGAAAUAAAUAAAUUGUAUACCACAUAUACAAAACCUGAAGCUUUACUGUGCAGAACAGGCAUACUGUUACAUUUAUAAUUGUUGUUAUUUCUUAGUUCCUUCUUUGCAAAAGGUGGAAAUAAAUCUCUCUGAUUUCGAUACCAGUAUAGCUGCACUCAGAUUGAGUUACACCAGAACAGAUGAAUAUAGAGGCAGGAUUUGAGGAGAGUUUGUGUGUGGGGAGAUGGGAGGUGAGGAGAGGUGGAGGGAAGUACCUUUUGGUUAUCAUGUGCGAUUUCACAGUAGGUUUAAACUGGUCAAAAUGCAUCUGGAGAGUAAAAUCCAUUAAUAUGGAAAAAGAACAAUCAAAUAAUAGUUACUGCAGAAAAGCAGUUAACUUUCUGCAGCCCACAAGUAACUCCUCCAACCAGACUUCUUGCGUGUAUACAUAUUAAUAUGUAAAUGCAAAACAUGUAACUGUGGUAUGUACAAUUCCUUGCUCCCUUGGUUUUAGGGAAGUAGAUUCUCCUUGGCAGAUCCUGAUUUAAUCUUUCUGUUGGCAAGUGUUUCCUUUCUAAAGGCCUCCUUAUUUUUGAUCUAAUAAAGAUCAGUGAAAUCUAAUAUUGUUUUAGUGCCUUCCAUGGUUUCCACCUGUACUUUCUGUGUAGUAGCCUGGCUUCUAUGAGAACAAUCUGAUAUGAAUGAUUAUUUUACUGGAUUGCUGUGUUUUAGUCCUAUCUGUUUGGGGAAAUAACUGCAAUUUCUUAUGACUUCUAACACAAGUCGAGGUAGGUUUUGCUGUUCAAUUGCAGAGGGUAUUUGAAUUGUAAUACCACCAUCUGGUGUUACUAGUUGGAAAUACUAUUUUUUUAUGCC